AUGACAAUGGCUGCUUCUGCACAGGACAACAUGGUGUCGUUGGACGCCCCCAACACAAAACUUCCCUACUACGACUUACUGUCCCGCACACAUGGCAACCUGUCCCGUCCAGGAGCCGACUUUCAUUAUGCCACUAUGCCGUUGACAGCCCUCCCUGCUGACCGCGAAUCAACCCUCAAGGCUUUUGCUUCCUUUGUCAGCGCCGUUACAGAGCUUCCCCAGGUUGCUUUUGUCGCCAAAUAUACUUCAGAGACUGGUGAAGCUGAGACACGGCUGGCCAUUGCUUCCACCGCUGCUGCUGACAAGCCACACUCUUACUCUUCCAGCGCCACGCAGAUCUCGCUUGUUCAAACUGGUGCCAUUGAUGGUGAAGAGUUUGAUUUUGAGAUUCAAUUGGACAGCAAAGACGAGACCCAGACACAGCCUCGCCGUCCCUUUGUCGUCUCUAUCUCGCCAUCUGCAGACGCCACAUCAUCCUCCGACCUGAAGCUCUCGUUUGAUGCAGCUCACGGCCCACAAGUAUCUGCUUCUCACCUGGCUAGCCUCGCUGCAGCCUACCUCACCUCCCAGCAGAAUACCCCGGUUACUCAGGCUGCUGCUCUCAACUAUCCUCCCGCACAAGCCACUGCUCCUCUCCUCAAGGUUGACGUCUCUGCCGAUGCUGCCAACCAAGCACAAAACCCUGCAUUGCUCCAUGGUGCAUUUGAGCGCCGUGUUGCCCAGACACCCGAUGCUGUGGCUGUCGAGUACGUCGAGGACAAACUUGAGAAUGUGCAAAAGCUCACUUACAAGGAGCUCAACCAAAAGGCAGAGGACCUCGCCACAGAGUUGUCCACAGCUCAAAGGCACCUCGCACAAUGGAAGCCCACGUUGAACAGCCAACGCGCAGUUCCCCUCUUCAUCCCAGGAUCCCCCGCCUUUUACGCUGGUGUCAUGGGUAUUAUGAAGGCCGGAAUGGCCUUUUGCCCUCUUCCUCUCGAUGCCCCUCCUCAGCGGCUUGUUGAUAUCUUGGAGGACGUUCAAGCUACAGUGGUUCUCGGCUUAGGUCCCGAGCCCUUCGCUGGCGUUGAUAUGAGCAGUCUUCCUGACGCUGGCAAGGAGAUUAUUAAGAAUGUUGUCUGGCUUGACAUGAACAACAUCUCAGCAUGGAGAAGCGUCGAUGCUUCUAUUCAGCCUGUCGCUGACAGAACCUCUCCUACUCCAGACCACUUGGCUUACAUUCUCUACACAUCUGGUUCUACUGGAAAGCCCAAGGGUGUCAUGAUUGGCCAUCGCAUGGUCACUACAUCCAUCUCUGUUCACGCUGAGGUCUUUGAGCCCUUCCCCUCUGGCCCUGAGCUGCGCUGGCUGCAGUUUGGCAUGCCCACCUUUGAUCUCACCAUGGUGGAAAUCUUCCUGACCAUGAGCUACGGCGGCACGCUCUGCGUUGGCAACCGCCGCCUAAUGCUCUCUGACGUAGAGGCAGCUCUCAACUUCUUCCAGGCCACUGCUGUUACUUGCGUGCCCACCAUGGCUACGCUGGUCCGUCCCAACAAUGUGCCUACGCUGCGCAACAUGGUCUGCGGUGGUGAAAUUGUCACCAAGUAUGCCAUUGACAACUUCUCAUAUGAUGCUACUGUAUGUAACCCGGCCAAGAGACUCAUCAACGUCUACGGCCCUACUGAAGCCACCAUCAACAACACCGCCGAGGUCACCCGAGUUGGUAACCGCGGAUCUAUUGCUGGCGGUGCACUCUCGUGCUGCUCCAUCAUUAUUGCCGACGAGCACAAGACAGACGAAUUGGUCCCCAUGCCCAUGGGCCUGGCCGGCGAGAUCAUCUUGGCCGGUGAUCUUGUUGGCUACGGCUACCUCAACCGCCCCGAAGAGUCUGCCCGCGCAUUCACGUCUGGUCUCGGCUUCGACCGCGCCUACCGCACUGGUGACAAGGGCCGCAUUGUCUGGACACCCGACGGCACCCCCAAGCUCGAAGUACUCGGCCGCCUCAGCAUGGAGCAAGUCAAGCUCAACGCCCGCCGAGUCGAGCUUGGUGAGAUUGAGUCCACAAUCGUCGAGCUACCUGAGGUCCGCGAGAUCGCCACUGUCGUUCUGGAUGGCAGCUUCCUUGUCGCCUACGUCGCGCUCAACGGUGAUAAUGCCAAUUCCAAGGACUACCAGGACAGCGUUAUUGCCAAAUGCCGCGCCGCAGCCGAACAGGGUCUCCCGGACUGGAUGCGCCCUGUCGACUACGCCGUUGUUCCAGCCAUCCCGCGCAUCACGAGCGGCAAGACGGACCGCAAGACGCUCCAAGCACAAGCCUUGAAGCAGUUUGGUGCCGCUUCUCUCGAGGAAGCCCGUCCAUCCCGCGAUGACCUCCCUCCCCUCGACUUUACAAGCGAGGACAACAUCACAGCCUACAUCAAGUUUGCUCUCGAGUCCGUUCUACCAAAGGAUGCCCUCGCCGACGUCUCAGCCACACUCAAGUCAUGCGGCCUCGACAGUCUACGAACCAUGAAGUUCCUCCAAGAAGCCCGCAAGCUCGGCAUCGAGGACGUCGGCAUGGACACCGUCUACGCCAGCAGCACCCUCGGCGACCUCGUCACCAACACCAUGGCCGAGCACAAGCGCCGAGCCGCCAUGACGCCCAUGGACAUUGACGACGACGAGGAGCUUCCCGAGCUCGAAGACGAAGAGCAGAUCCUCGAGUUCUCGCUCUCCGCCAAGCUCAAGCACUUUGAAGUCACCUGCCGCCCUACCUGCGUCAAGACACUCAACAUCCCGUCCGAGGAAAUCGCCCAUGUCUGGCCCGCCACCGGCCUACAGACCCGCGGCCUCGCCUGUCUCGCAGAGUCCGAAGCCUUUGGUGUCUGCAAGGCCUGGGUCGAGCACUACCCGUACAACGUACCCGACACGCUCGACAUGGACCGUCUCGAGAUGGCCAUCAAGACCGCCAUGGAGGGCUACGACGCCUUCCGUACCAUGUGGGUGGAAGUCGAGCAUCCUCUGUCGGCCUUUGCCCAGGCCAUCCUCACCAAGGACUCGCCGUCUGCCGCACACCCCAUUAUCAAGAUCACAGUGCCCUCGUUCAGCACCGACCCCAACAGCCUCUGGAACCAGACACUCAUCCACGCCCAGCGCGCCGCCGAAGAUACAUUCGGCCUUGGCUCCCUCUGCGCCGUCACCACCAUCAUCCAGUCUGCCGACAAGAAGCACAACCUCAUCGUCUUCUCCAUGUACCACGUCAUCUACGACGGCCUGAGUCUGCGGCGCCUGGCCACCGACAUCUCGCGCAUCUACGAGGGCAAGCCCGUCCCCGGCGAGGCCACAUCCGGCAUGCUCGCCCCCGUCAUGAGCCACUUCAGCGCCGACAUGCUCGCCAUCAGCUUGCACUGGACCAUGAAACUCGCCGGUAUCCCGCCCUUCAAAGCCGGUGCCCGUGUCAUUGACUCCAGCGCCGCCCAUGCGCCCUUCUUCUCUCUUGGUGUCGGCACCCGGUCUGCCAACCAGUCGCUCCUUUCCCGUGUCACAUAUGACGAUCUCUUCACCAAGUCCCAGGACCUGCAGCUGCCAUCGCCCAUGGCCAUUGUGCAGGCUGCUUGGUCUAUGGCUCUCGGUCGCACAAUCCCCGACCGCAGCGGCGACGUAGAUGUCCAGUUUGCCGGCCUCUUCCACGGCAGACAGACCCCCGAGGCCCUCGAGGUCUUUGCACUCAUGCUUCACUCGUGCCCUACACGUGUAACAUUCUUGAAAUCGCAGCCACGCACGCACCGCGAUCUCUGCAACGACACGUACAACCAGUACGUUGAGAACUUGCCGUUUAUGGAGGUUCCCUGCCCCAAUGUCCAGUACGCGCGUGCCACUCGCCGCUUCGACAGCAGCUUAGUCCUCCAGGUAUUCCCAGAGACGAGCAACAAUGUGCCCACAGAGGGAUUCCCGCUCUUUGAUCGUGUCGUCGAUGCCGUGGACCCUUGGCAGGAGACGAAUGGUGGCAACCCGCUGAUGAUGGAGGUUGUUCCUUCGGGCGAAAAGGGCUCUGAUAGCAUGUGUAUCCGUCUAGGUUACAGUGAGUGCUGGCCUGGAUACGACUUUAUGACGCAGGAAUGGGUGCGUGGUGUGGUGUUUGCCUUUGACGAGGCGUUGUACGGCAUUCUCAACAACCCUGAUGCUGUAUUUGAUGUUACUCAGUAG